AAUAUAUCAAUCCUAUGACGUGAAAUUAGACAAAGUUCAAUCACAUGGUCAGAAAAUUAGUCAAACUAAAACCAUAAAAAUUUACCUACACAGGUUACAAUAAUUUAUAUCGCCAACAUAACCAUGUUUUAUUACGCCGGAUUUAAUGUGAAUCCCAGUAUUAUUUCCAGUCACAAUCAAAACCCCAUAGUCGACAAAUUUAGUGAAAUAACAAUCGAUAGCAUAACAGACAUAACCAUAGGAUGGAACUAUUUUUUGAUAUGGAAAAAAAAUACAGUAUUUCUAUCAGAAAAAUAUAUAACCAACGAAGCCACUCUGAAAGAAUUGUCAGUACCAGGACAGACAUCAACGAAAUUUAUCAGCGGAAUCGCUGGAAAAUUUUCAGUAACUUUGAUAUCGACAGAUAAAAAAAUAUGGCGGUAUAAAUUGUACAGCAACGAAUGGCAAAAAGUUGAUAAUUUUAUUGCCAGUGAUGAGUUUGUUGUUAAAAUUGACGAAGCAAAUCGCAGUAUCGUGGCCUUGACAAAUUUCGGUAGAAUUUACAACAUUCCAAAUCUUGUCGAAAUGCCUUCAAGUCUUGGAAAAAAUUCUAGAUGUACAGACAUUGCUUGCGGAUUUGAACAUACGUUGAUGUUAACAAACAAUGGAGAAGUUUACUCAACAGGUGGCGGUAGUAGAGGGCAGUUAGGACACGACGAUUUGGAAAAUUCUGAUGAGCCAUCAUUAAUAGAAGCAUUAACUGGUUUAACUGUCAUUAAAAUCGCAGCUGGAGGGUGGCACAAUGCUGUCAUUACUUCAGACAAUGAUUUGUACACUUGGGGAUGGAAUACAAAUGGAGAACUUGGGUUAGUUAAUUCAGAAAAAGUCGUCGCCGUGCCUACGAUCGUUGACUUUUAUGACGAAGAUAAUGAAAGAGUCAUUGAAGAUAUUAAAGUCAGAGAUGUACAUUGCGGAAAUAAUUUUACCAUUUGUGUGACAGAUGAUGGACAACUCUGGGGGUGUGGGUCCAAUAAAUAUGGACAGUUGGGUCUUGCUCAAUUUUCAGGGACUAGUAAAAGUAAAUUUGUUAAGCUGAAUGUUAAUUUUCUUAGUAAGAAUAUUAAUUACGUUAAAUGUCGGGAAUGGAGUACGAUUAUUAAUGUUGGAUAAUUUAUAUUGCGAUACAUUUUUUUCUACAACUCAAUUGCGAAGCAAAUGUUCUGCUAACGCUGACUUGGUUCAAGCUGAUUUAUUUAUAUAAGAAUUAUAUGUACACUUAAAAUAUGAUCUAGAACAAAAUUUGUUCCAUUUGAAAGAUAAUUUAUUAAUGAAUAAAACGAAGUCAAUUCGAAAUUUGAAAAAAUUUAUGAUGUCCGUCAGUAUGUAAGUAUAUAUGUUGAUAAAUAUAAUAACAAAAAAUAUAACCGCCUAAUACCCAGACUUGUUGAGUAGAAAGUUGAUGUCAAUUAGUUGCAACCAAUUUGCUGACAAAUUGUUGACAACUUUUAGCUUUUGUAACUGUUGACAACAAGUCGUCAAAUUUCCCAGAAAAUUGACUACAAUCUGCUGCUGCAACAUGUUGCCAACUUUCUGUUAACUUUGGGAUGUCAACUUCUGCCACAAACUUUCUCAGCAAGUUGGCGACAAGUUGCUGCAGUAGGUUGUCUUUGCUUGCUGCCAGCUUGGAUUCUUAAAUAUGAGAGCCCUUUUGAAAAUCACUAAAUCCUUUUGGUUUAAUUAUAAUUAAUAAAAACUUACAACUGGCAAUUCAUGAAAAAAUUUAGCUGCCAUUUUUUGCAUUUAAGAGCGUUAUCUAUUAAUCACUUUUUGAAUGAGCAAGUUGUACACGUUUGGAUUUUCGAACUUUUUUGA